AUGCGUAACUUUAAAUUUGGACCAAAAUUGUUCACAUUCGGAAAAAAUGUCGAAAUUAAUCGCUCAAAAGCAGCAACGUCGUCAAAUGGUGGAAAUAUUGUGGAUCAUGGAACUUUUUCAUUGGAAGUAUCGUCCAAAUCUCGUGAAUCUACCGUAAGUUUACUAAAAAUUAGGAUUUUUGACAGUAAACCAACAGGAUUAGGGUUAGUACUACGGUAUUGUUAUCUGGCGAAAUUAUACUGUUUUGAAUUAAAGUUGAUAUCAUUGCACUUUUCCUGAUUCUCAAUCCUAAAAAAUUUAUUUUUGCAGGAUUCUCAAAAAUCGGAAACUCGUCUAAAUGCAGGUUCAUCAUCUGAUUCUUGUUCAUCUGAUGGUUCUUCUUUAUUCGAAAAUAUCAAUCAGAAUCCAAUCAUCGAAAAUCUUGAAAUUCAUUCAAGUGAAAUAGAAACAUCUCAAAAGCUCAAUUAUUUUCAAGAAAUCUCGGAACUUUGUUCAAAUUUGCAGAUGAAAAUUGGGGAAAUUGAGGAAUUUAUCAAAAAUACUUCAAAUUCUCUUGGACAAACGAAGAACAGCGUGAAAUUCAAGAAAAAUGAGGUAAUUUUUUUCUUAAAUUCAAAACUUGUGCCAAAAAAUUUGAAUUUUUCAGCUUUCCGAGUUUUUAUCAAAUUUGGCGAAUCGAGUUGAAAAUGAGAAAGAAGUGAUGUCAGAAGAUCGAAUUAUUGAUCAAACUUCCGAUUUUGAACUUUGCCAACUUUUCAUAACUUCUUGCAGUGAUUCUUAUAGAAAAAUUCGAAGUGAACAUUUAACAAAUUUGGUGAGUUCUUUCUUUUUUUUUAUUUUUUUUUAUUUGUAAAAAAAAAUCAAUUUUUAGAUCGAUGAAAAUGUUAUGAAAAACAAUAUGAUUCGAAUAGCCGAAAUUCGCAAAAAUUUCAAAAAUUUCGAAGUCGAACCGCUUACCGAGGAUUGUUUAACUUGUAUGUCUUUUGGUGGGUUUUUUCGGGGAAAAAUUGAUUUUUUUAAAAGAAAAAUAGAAUAUUUUCAGAUCCCGAAGAAGUCAAGUGCUUGUUCGACUGA